AUGACCAAUAAUUCAUGUGAUGCAUUUGUGAGACUCUUCUACUCACAAUUCUUUGCUGCUCGAACUCUGCCAGCCGAGCUCAAUGACCUUGUUGAUAUUAAACAAGAACCCAACAAGCCUCUUAAAAACUACGUGCAGUGGUUUCUGCAAGAAGUUGCUCCCUCUAAAACAGUUAGCGAUGAUGGAAAGUUGAUGGUCAUCAUGGCCAGAAUAAAAGUGAAAGGACUGCUUUGGACCGUUCUCAGAAGAAAAACCAUCUAUUCAACCAGAGAAUUUCUCGACCGAGCAGACGAGUUUAUUAAACUAGAAGAAGCUAUUCAGAUAUUCGAUCAGGCUGACCAAGCUGGAACUAGUGCUGCACCAGCUAAAAACUCAGGUGCAAAUUUCAACCAGAACCUGACAACCAAUGAGUCACGAACAGAAGUUUUUCAAGCCACACAGGCUGAGGUUCCCUAUAGGAAACCAGCUCCUAUCGGGAAAGAUAUAAGUAAGAGGGAUACCAAUGAAUUCUACCGAUUCCAUAAUGAUUAUGUACAUGACACUAAUGAGUGUAAUCAACUCAAAGACAAAAUUGAGUUUCUGAUUCAUCAAAAUCAUCAAGCAAUGAGAAGAUAUAUUCAUCACCCAGUCGACCAACAAUCAACUGCUACAGGGACUCUUGAUGCACUAGCCCAACCAUUGUUGCCUGCCCUAGUAGCAGGGCAACUAGACAUGGUCUGUGGGGGACCACACCUUGCUGGCGAUAGUAGAAAGGCCCUAGAACGAUAUACCCAAACACUACGCCAUGAGCCUGGUGAGGAUGUGUUGGCCAUCAAGGAGCGUACUCCCAAAAUGCCUUGUUAUGAAUGUAAACCUAUUACAUUCACCGAGGAAGAUGCCAAUCAUGUCAGGUUCCUGCACAAUGAUCCACUAGUUAUAAAAGCACAGAUUGCUAACAUAAUUGUUGCACGAACAACGGUUGAUCAUGACUGCUCAGUUAACAUUCUUUUUAAGACCACUCUUUAA